AUGUCCGGCGAUAAGCCAGAAGUCACCGAGAUUGGGUUCGUAGGAAGCCCGUCUCCGAAACCGAGUUUCGGGAGACGUGUGCUCAACCACUACAAGCGGUGGUGGUGGGUUCAUGUCAUCGCGAUCAUUGUGGUCGUCCUGGUGGUCACACUUCCCUUGGUGUAUGUCGGUUAUCCCAACAUCGCACAAGGCGAUAUCAACGAUUCCACCUUGGCGAUCAAGGAGAUGAUCAUCUCUGAACCCACGGCGAAUUCGUUCCACUUGAACCAGACACAGGUCCUUGGCACUGACAGCAUUUUCCAUCCUACCAUCUAUGCCUUCGAUGCUGCUGUCAGCUUGCUGGGGGCUGCAUCAGCUUUCGCAACCGUAAAAGUUCCUCGGGUCAAGGCCAAUGACGGCACUGUGAUUCGCAUCGACCAGUCCCUGGACCUGAGCGAUGUGGGGGCCUUUGGAGGAUUUGCUACGGCGGUCAUGCAGAAUGAGGAGAUCAAAUUGAACAUCUAUGGCAAGCCCGACCUGAAGCAGGGUGGCCUGCCUAAAAUCGGUGUGACGUACAACAAGACUGUUACUAUGAAGGCUCUCAACAAGCUCGACGGUUUCGCCAUCACAGAAAUGCAUGUCUUGUCCGAUAAGCCGUCGAAUGGCGCCAAUUUUGGUGGAACCGUGUACAUCCCCAACCCAUCUGUGAUGACAAUCACCAUGGGCAAUGUCACCCUCGACCUCUCCGUCGACGGAACCUCCAUUGGCACCUCGUACUUGAACGACCUGAAGCUGGUUCCCGGAAACAACACUCUCCCCAUGACAUCCUACGUCGACCUAGACGCAAUCGGACCAUUCUUUACGAAGUACCCCAACGGUCUCCCUGUGGCGAUUUCAGGAAGCUCAACCAACUCGAGCGUCUACAACGGCCAAGCCAUCCCGUACUUCAGCGAGGCCCUGGCAUCGAAUACACUUAAUGUGACCUUGGACCUAGCUAAGUUGCUGUCCUGA